ACCAAGGGUAUUAAGGAUAUUUUACCCUUUAAUGAAUGUCAUUUUUGUGACUUUCUCCUUCUAGUGCUAUUUUUGAGACAUAAACUUCCAAAUGUGCUAUUAUUGACAAUUGCCCUAUGAUUUUUUUUUGAGAAAAUGCCUUAGAUAGCACCAAAUCAAGUUUUUGUUCCCAAACUAGCACUCAAGAUCCAAAAUCACAAAAAUAAAUUUCAUUAAAUGGGAUCAUUUACCAUUAUGCCCUCUCCUUUGAUUAAUUAAAAAAAAAUCGAAAAUCUAAUCGUCGGAAACAAUCCCGUCGUGUUCAUCUUCCUCGUCCUUCACCUACGACAGAAUACCAUUGCUCCGCCGUGUUUCUUUCCGUCGUCAUCAGAUCUACCGUCUUCAGGUCAGUACAUCCGUCGUCAUCAGAUCCGUUGUGGCUGUCAUCAGGUUCGUCGUUUUGUCCCCGAGCUAUGGAUGCUGGUGUUAAGUUACAUGACUCAGACUUUAGAUUGCAGAUAUUAGCUUUGUGGUGAUGUAUCUAGAAGCCAUGCCUCCGAUCGGGUUCGUCCUCUCUCUCGUUUCCCUCAUCUCCAAAUCGUUUUGCAAUGUCCUGUGUAGAGAAUUAUGAAUCCGAAUCACUGAGAUAUUUAUUCUCUAGGUAUAAAUCGUGUGUUCGAUCACCGAUCAGAUGAUUGUGGUUUUUGUAAAUGUUUGACAGAUAAAUAAAAGAGGAGAAUCAGUGGAUGAUAAGAUUAAAAACUUGAUGUUGAGCUCUGCAAAUACAGAGAGCAGAUUCAAAAGACACGAUCUGGUCCUGUUCAACAAGCUCUCAAAGCUCGUGCUAUGAGGCUUCUGAAGCAGAAGAAAAUGUAAGGGAUUCAUUAGGUUUACAGCUAGCUCUGUUCAUUAGCUAUUGUUGAUCAAUUACAUUACUUUCUUAUCAGGUAUGAAGGACUACGCGACAUGCUUUAUAAUCAGACAUUCAAUCUCGAUCAAGUCUCUUUCGCUGCUGAAGGUCUCAAAGAUGCUCAACAAACUCAAAUGCAUAUCUCUCUUUGUUUCUAAGCUAUUGUCCACGCCUCUGGACAUGGCUAGGUCAUAUAUGCGAGCUCGACUGCCAUGGGGAUCUCUGUCUGUGAACAAUUCAGAGUUUUGGUCACCAUCAUCAGCAGGGAUGCAACUUCUUAAGGAAGGAACACCAUUUUCUUAUAAUGCUGGAAACUUAUCCUCUUCCAAGGUACAUCAGAAAGGUUUCUAAUAUAUUAUGCAUUGCAGUGCAAACUUUUGUGUGAUGCUAAUUCCAGUUUUCCAAUAGAAAGUUUGCAUACCAGCAUGUAUUUCUAAUGGCUCUCUCAGAGUUAUGGCUCUCUCAGAUUUUAGCAUGCGUCUUUAUUCGCUGUUGUAUUUGGCCAAGCAGGACUUUGAGUAGGAACAAACUUAACGGGACUAUCCCUGUGUCACUCACUGGUCUUCUGAACCUGAUAAAUCUUCUUUUUGAUUCCAAUAAUCUCAAUGGCCAGAUUCUUCAAACUCUAUUUCAGAUCCCAAAAUACAAUUUCACAGGAAACAACUUGAAUUGUGGUGUUGGUCAACCUCACCCUUGUGUAUCUGAGGUUGCCCGUUCAGGGAUAGACAUAAAGGAUACAAACGUGACGUGUUCGUGGAUGUUGCAGGUUGGUUCGUGGAUGUUGCAGCUGUACCACCUCAAAUUGGUUUGGUCUGUUUUGUGUUGUGGUUUGUUUGAACUUUAUAUAGUGGUGCUGCUCAGAACAUCAACAUCAGCACCAGAAUGAAUUUAAAAAGUUUUACAAAGUAUUAAUCUAUAUUUGCUGUCAAGAUUUGCUUACUAAUCAUCAUCACUCAGAAAGAGAAAAAGGAUCAACGAUCAUUUUCAAGCAGUAAAAGAAAGAGACAUAAACAACUCACCCACUUCAAUGGUUUGAUUUGGUAGUGGCUUUAACUAAAAAUCAACGUGAUCUCUAAGCAUAUUUAAACUAUAUCUCAAUAAUGUUCUCAUUAUAUGGCGGCAGUAUUUAAUCCUUUGUGUGAUGAAGUACUUUUGUUGGUAAAUAAAGAAAAUAACAUUAGAUGUGACAAGUUUUAUCCUAAGUCUUUGUUAUAUACUUUUAAUUCCCUAACCUGUAAAGUACUAUUCGAAAGUAAUUGAGAUUAUCUUCUUUUUCAUGUAUGUGAUUCAACUUUUUGGUCAUGUAGACACUAUCUCUUGAUAGAAUUAUUGAAAAUGUUUCAAGCUAUCCCAUUUUAAUGUUCUCGGUUUGAUAUAUGUUCUCUAUUUUGUAGACAACUAACUAUAUUUGAUGAUUUUUAUAGCCAAUGAAUUUUCUUAUAGAUUUUGAUUAUGUUUUUUUUGGAAGAUUAAGUUCCAAUUUAGGAUAGCCAUCCUGAACAAGGAUUGUCUAACAUUCCUUACACGCUUUUGAUUCUCUUCGAAAACAGACUUAUGCAAGAAAACACACUUAUUUUAUUUUUCUGGAAACCCAUCCCGAAAGUGCCAAAAGUUAUCCUAUAUAACAUAUGUGUUUUAUAAUGAUACCACAUUUAACACUUUCUUGAUAGAAUUAUUGAAAAUGCUUCAAGCUAUCCUAUUAUGUUCUUGGUUUGAUAUGUGUUCUCUAUUUUGUAGACAAUAAGCUCUAUUUUGGUGAUUUCUAUAGC